CGUGCCUCGUUGUCACCAUAGAAACUGGAGGCAUGGUGGAUGCCCCCUCCGACCACGGUUCGCUGGCUCGUCAUCAGCAACUCUCAGGAUCUCAAGACAGCUCUCAGGCUCAAAUAUCCUCACAAGGCUACUCACGAUAGAGGAGCUUCUGCAUACAUAAAUAUUGUCGCAGAAUGGCUCCUUCUAGCAUCUACUGAUGCUCUGGUUUUGUCGAAGCCGCAACCCGAGGUUGUCCCAAAGCUCCAAGCCAUGCACCAGCGCUUGUUCUCGCCUCGGGCGGUGGGGGUUUGGAGAGCCCAAGGUGCUGAACGACACUGAGAGGAGCAUUCUCAUGGCGUGGGCUGAAGACUACCUUGCAUGUGCCGAGGUGGGUGCUGGGAUGGGAUCAGGGUUGGGGGUUUAACUAGUAUGCAUUUAGGUUGAGAAUGUCAAAUUCUAAAGAUUUGAAAAUCAGCAACCCCAUAGACCUGCCAGGCUUCUCU